AUGGCGCUCCCGAUCAAGUUCCAGGAGCAUCUGAACUUGCUAGCCUUGGGCAUAAAGCAAACGGCGGUGACAUUUAACACCCUGACCAUGGAAUCGGACAAAUACAUCGUCAUCCGCGAAUUGGUUGGUGACAGCAACCAGGUCGUCAUCAUCAACAUGGCCGACCCGAAUAAUCUGACGCGUCGACCCAUCCAGGCGGACUCGGUCAUCAUGAACCCCAAUCGUCCAAUUAUGGCUCUAAAAGCGGGGACCACUCUCCAGUUGUUCAACAUUGAAAGCAAGGCUCGCGUGAAAAACCAUACCAUGCCCGAGGAAGUUAGUUACUGGAAGUGGGUGAAUGAGGAGACGAUCGCUCUUGUCACGGCUACUUCCGUCUACCACUGGAGCCUGGAAGGCGAAGGGACUCCGAUGAAGGUCUUCGAGCGCCACUCCAACCUCCAUAGCCAUCAAAUCAUCAACUACUGCGCUUCGAGUGACCUGAAGUGGCUGUGCCUCGCUGGGAUUGCUGCCAAAGACGGAGCGAUCACUGGCCAGCUGCAACUAUACAGCACCGAGCGUCGCGUAUCGCAGCCGAUUGAUGGGCAUGCUGCAUGCUUCCUGCAAUUCAAGAUCGAAGGCAACCCGCAUCCAAGCAAUCUCUUCUGCUUCUCUUCGCGCAAUGAAGCGGGCGGCAAGGCGCAUAUCAUCGAAGUGGGAACGCCCGCACAAGGAAACCAGGCGUUUGCCAAGAAGCAGACCGAUGUCCCUUACAACGCUGAUGCGGCCGCUGAUUUUCCCGUCAGUCUCCUGGGAAACGGCGCACAUGGCAUCCUCUACAUGGUGACCAAGCACGGCUUCAUGCACCUAUUUGACGCGGAGACUGGCCUGCGGAUUUAUUCGAACCGCAUUUCGACGGAGACAAUCUUCGUAACCUGCGAAUAUUCCCAAACGAAGGGCAUCAUGGGCGUCAACAGGAAGGGACAGGUGCUUUCCGUGUCGAUUGACGAGAACAACCUGGUCCCUUACCUGACGCAGCAGAUGUCGAACCCCGACUUGGCCUUGAAGCUCGCUGUUCGAUGUGAUUUGGCCGGUGCUGAUGAGCUCUUCGUCCGGAAGUUCAACAUGCUCUUCGGCAAUGGAAACUAUUCGGAAGCAGCGAAGAUUGCCGCGACUGCACCACAAGGAAUCCUGCGAACCCCUGCGACGAUCCAGCGUUUCCAACAGAUCGCUGCCCCUCCAGGACAGCAAGCGCCGCUUCUUCAGUACUUCAGUAUCCUCCUCGAACAAGGCAAGCUGAACAAGUAUGAGACGCUGGAGCUGUGCCGCCCGGUGGUUGCGCAGGGCAAGAAGGAAUUGCUGCAAAAAUGGCUACAGGCACAAAAGCUCGAGUGCUCGGAGGAGCUAGGAGAUCUCGUGAAGCCGUACGAUGUGACCCUUGCUCUGUCCAUCUACCUGAGGGGAAACAUCCCGAACAAGGCUGUGCAAUGUUUUGCGGAGACUGGACAAUUCGACAAGAUCAUCCAGUACUCCAACAGAGUUGGAUUCGUUCCCGACUAUCUCCUGCAACUGCGACAGGUGCUCCGAUCCAAUCCCGAGCAGGCCACCUCAUUCGCCAAGAUGCUCGUCACGGAAUCGAACAAUGGAGAACCCUUGGCUGAAGUUCACCAAAUUGUCGACUGUUUCAUGGAAGUCCAAGCGAUUCAACCAUGCACUGCGUUCCUUCUCGAGGCCCUGAAAGGCGACAAAGAAAGUGAGGGAAAUCUUCAAACCCGCUUGUUGGAAAUGAACCUCAUCCACUCUCCGAUGAUGUUCCACCACUACGAUCGGGCUUCUAUCGGGCAGCUCUGCGAGAAGGCUGGCCUGCUGCAACGCGCUCUGGAGCACUUCACCGACAUCUACGACAUCAAGCGCACAGUCGUCCAUACGCAUUUGCUCAACCCUGAUUGGUUGAUCAACUACUUCGGCUCGUUGUCGGUCGAAGAUUCGCUGGAAUGUCUGAAGGCCAUGCUCUCCACGAACAUCCGUCAAAACCUCCAGAUUGUCGUCAAGAUCGCUUCCAAAUAUAACGAGCAACUGGGCACGGCUGCACUCAUUGAUCUCUUCGAAUCGUUCAAGACCUACGAAGGAUUGUAUUACUUCCUCGGCGCGAUCGUCAACUUUUCGCAAGAUCCCGAAGUUCAUUUCAAGUACAUACAGGCGGCUACACGAACGAAUCAAAUCAAAGAAGUUGAACGCAUCUGCCGCGAGUCUGAGGUCUACGAUCCGGAGCGAGUGAAAAACUUCCUGAAAGAAGCGAAACUCUCCGACCAACUGCCGCUGAUUAUCGUCUGCGAUCGCCAUAACAUGGUCCACGACCUGGUCCUCUACCUCUAUCGAAACCAGCUGCAAAAGUACAUCGAAGUCUUCGUGCAGAAGGUUAAUCCUGCACGUUUGCCGGAGGUCGUUGGUGGACUGCUCGAUGUUGAUUGUAGCGAGGAUGCCAUCAAGCAAUUAAUCGUCAACACUCGCGGGAAAUUCGACAUCGACCUGCUUGUGGAAGAGCUCGAAAAGCGCAACCGGCUGAAGUUGCUGACGCAUUGGCUAGACUCGCGUGUACAAGAAGGAGCCAAGGAUCCUGCAACGCAUAACGCCCUGGCCAAGAUCUACAUCGACUCCAAUCAGAACCCGGAUCGCUUCUUGAAGGAGAACCAAUACUACGAUUCGCGAGUUGUCGGCAAAUAUUGCGAAAAACGUGAUCCGCACUAUGCUUUCCUUGCGUACGAGCGCGGCAGGUGCGACGACGAGCUGAUCAAGGUGUGCAACGAGAACUCGCUGUUCAAGAACCUGGCGCGAUACUUGGUGAGGCGACGAGACUUCGGACUUUGGGAAAUCGUCCUGAGCGAGCAAAAUGAGUACAAGAGGGCUCUGAUUGAUCAGGUGGUACAAACUGCGCUGGCGGAGACGCAGGAUCCUGAGGAAGUCUCCACCACCGUGAAGGCAUUUAUGGCCGCAGAUCUGCCGAAUGAGUUGAUCGAACUACUGGAGAAGAUCGUUCUGGACGGCUCUACCGGCUCUACUUUCUCGGAGCACCGCAAUCUCCAGAACUUGCUGAUAUUGACCGCAAUCAAGGCCGACCAAUCUCGAGUGAUGACAUAUAUCCAAAAAUUGGAUAAUUAUGACGCCCCCGAUAUCGCUAAUAUUGCGAUCUCGAGUGAACUGUAUGAAGAAGCAUUCGCCAUCUUCAAGAAGUUUGACGUCAACAGUUCGGCCGUGAAUGUGCUGAUCGAAAACCUCGGUAAUCUGGACCGUGCCUAUGAAUUUGCCGAGAAAUGCAACCAAUCCGACGUUUGGGCAAGCCUGGCCAAGGCGCAGCUUCGUCAAAAUCUGGUGAAGGAAGCUGUCGACUCGUUCAUCAAGGCGGACGAUCCCGGAACUUACAUGGAAGUUGUGGCGAAAUGUUCGGAGACCGGAAAAUGGGAUGAUUUGGUGCGGUACCUCCAAAUGGCUCGCAAGAAGUCUCGUGAAUCAUACAUCGAUACGGAGCUCAUCUUUGCCCUUGCAAAGACCAACCGCCUUGCCGAGCUAGAAGAAUUCAUCUCGAGCCCCAAUCAUGCUCAAAUCACGCAGAUUGGUGAUCGUUGUUACGACAAUGCUAUGUUUGAUGCGGCCAAGAUUCUCUUCACCAACGUCUCUAACUUUGCCAAGCUCGCGGUCACCCUUGUCAAGCUGCAAGAAUUCCAAGGAGCGGUCGAUGCCGCGAGGAAGGCAAAUUCCACCAAGACUUGGAAGCAGGUCUGCUUUGCUUGUGUGGAUGCGGGCGAGUUCCGUCUUGCCCAAAUUUGCGGCUUGGCAAUUGUUGUCCAUGCGGAUGAGCUUGAAGAACUCAACAACUACUACCAGGAUCGUGGUUUCUUCGAGGAACUGAUUGCCCUGCUCGAGGCUGCUCUGGGACUUGAGCGCGCCCACAUGGGAAUGUUCACCGAACUGGCAAUCCUCUACUCGAAAUACAAGCCGGCACGCAUGCGUGAGCAUCUUGAGCUGUUCUGGUCACGCGUCAACAUCCCGAAGGUGCUACGUGCUGCUGAGCAAGCCCAUCUUUGGAACGAGCUCGUCUUCCUGUACGACAAAUAUGAGGAGUACGACAAUGCGGCUCUGACGAUGAUCCAGCACCCGACGGAAUCGUGGCGCGAGCAGACCUUCAAGGAAAUUAUUGCCAAGGUGGCAAACGUGGAAAUCUACUACAAGGCGAUGCAAUUCUACAUCGAUUACAAGCCGCUGCUCCUCAAUGAUCUCCUGAACGUGCUGUCACCACGGCUUGACCUCUCGAGGACCGUCCAGUUCUUCAAGAAGCUCGAUCACCUACAAUUUGUGCGCCCCUACUUGAAGCAUGUUCAAGCUCAGAACAACAAGUCUCUCAAUGAGGCGCUGAAUGCGAUGUACAUCGAGGAAGAGGAUGCUUCCUCUCUCAGGGCUUCCAUCGACGCUCACAACAACUUCGACAAUAUUGCUUUGGCCCAGCGCUUGGAGAACCAUCAUUUGGUCGAGUUCCGUCGCAUCUCUGCCUACCUGUUCAAGGGAAAUAACCGCUGGAAGCAGAGCAUUGCUCUAUGCAAAAAGGACAAGCUCUACAAGGAUGCCAUCGAAUACGCUGCCGAGUCUCAAUCGCCAGAGAUUGCUGAAGAUUUGAUUAGCUUUUUCCUGGAAGAGAGACUUUACAACUACUUCUCGGCGACCCUGUACCAUUGCUACGAUCUCGUCCAUCCCGACGUCAUCCUCGAAGAAGCCUGGAAGCACAAGAUCAUGGACUUUGCGAUGCCCUACAUGAUUCAAGUGAUGCGCGAGAUGACGACACGCCUUGGAACCUUGGAGAAGCAAUUGAACGAGCGCAACGAAGAAUCAAAGGAGCAGGCCCAAAGCGGGGGCAUGAUGGAUCAGCAGCCCCUGAUGCUGACAUAUGGUCCGAUGGGCGGGAUGCCGCAACAGAUGCCCGGCUAUGCUGGAGGUGCCCCUGUGAUGCCACCAUCUCGCCUUCACAAACUGGCAAACUGGCUGGUCGUCACGCAAAUCGGAUGGCUUCUUGUGAUCUGUGCCAUUCUGACGCUGUGGGCUCAGGCUCAGUCGAAGGAUUGGCUGCGCGAGAUGCUUGCGGAAAAAGCCGAUGUUUCCAUCUUCGAGACUUUCCUCGGCGAGCUGAUUCUCUACGCGAAUCUCGUUCCAAUUUCGCUCUACGAUAUCACUCUCCUUGGCGCAUCGGCAAUCGAGGAUAAGCUGCAAGACCGCGUGCCGCAGACCAUUGCCCGCAUGCUCCAAGCCGACAUCAGAGUGUGGGUACUGACCGGAGACAAGUUGGAGACGGCCCUCAACAUCGGAUACUCAUGCUCACUGGUGACCCCGCAAACCCCAACCCUGAUCUUGGCCUGCAACACCGAAGAGGAAACGGCGGCCCAUUUGGACAAAUAUGUGGACAGACUGGGCUCUCGCUGCCUCGAACAUCGUGACAAUCAGAUGGCGCUCAUUGUCGAUGCACACUGUCUGGAUUGGGUGCUUGGCUCUCGGAUCAUGCGCAUGGACUUCCUCCGUUUGGCUCUCUGUUGUUCGGCCGUCAUUUGCUGUCGUUGUACACCCUUGCAAAAGGCGGCUGUCACCAGACUGGUCCGCGGUAACGUCGAUGGGCUCGUCCUUGCUAUUGGCGACGGGGCUAAUGAUGUGGCGAUGAUUCAGGAGGCCGAUGUUGGCGUCGGAAUAUCCGGGCUGGAAGGUGGUCAAGCGAGUGCGGCUGCGGACUUUAGCCUCACCCAGUUCCGUCACUUGGAUCGGUUACUUUUUGUCCAUGGCGCCUCGUGCUUCCAUCGCAUCACCAAGAUUGUCCUCUAUACGCUCUACAAGAAUCUCGUGGAAGUUUGCAUGAAUGUGACCUAUGCCUUCUACAAUGGCCACUCGGACAGCGGGAUGGCCGAUGAGUACACGAUGGUCCGCUAUAAUUUGUUCUACACAAGCAUUACUGUCGGCUGCUUCGGCGUGCACGACAAUCCAGCCCCUCUGCAUGUGAUGGCAAAAUAUCCACGCCUAUAUCCGCUCUUCCAGAACAAUAUCUCCAUCCGCUCGCAUAUGAUGUGGUCUGCCAACGCAAUCGCCCACGCGUUCUUGAUCUUCCACUCGGUGCUCUAUUGGUGGAAAUAUGGCACAUCUGCCUUCACGCAUGGGCGAGACGGUUGGACCCAGAUGGUCGGCACCUUCAUGUAUUUGUGUCUGGUGGUGAUCGUCAACUUCAAGGCGUUGAUAGAAAGCCGCUCGAUUUCGGUGAUAUCGGCAAUCGGUUUCUUCGGUUCUCUACUCGCCUAUUUGGUGUUGCUGCUCUCGGACUCCUACGUAGCCUCUUACCUCGGAUUAAUCUACUCGUUGCCGUCGCCAUCCACGGCCUUUUUCAUACCGCUGAUGUGCGCCGUCUGUCUGGUACCGGAUAUUAUUGUUAAGAGCAUCGAGAGAACGAUGGAUCCAUCCCUUCUUCAGCGUGUCGUCCAGUCGCUAAAAACAAAGGACAAUGUUUUGGAUUUGAUUCUGCGCCAGCCUCUGGUCAAAGUCGUCGGUGCCGUCGGUUUGAAAGCACAGCUCGAAGGCGGAAAAUUGGGUUACAUGUUCGCUCAAGACGAUGGUCGUGUGAUUACGCAGGCUGAUCUGUUGAGGAUGUAUGGGGCCGCUGACUGUCAUCCUGAGGCAAAGACGCCUGUGGCCCAAACCCCACAAACUAUUCGAUCGGUCGAGGCAAAGACCGGCGACGCGGAAGACCGAGACAAAAAGAAGGCCGCGCCCUCCAACAAUACAUCAAGUGGCUCGUCCGAGAAAAGCAAUGCUGCUGCUCCAAAGAAAAAUAUGGGGCCCCCGCGUCGACUUCCUGCUGAUUUUUUGACGGCCGAACCUAUCGAAGACAACGCGAAGCAAGAGGACAAUAACCCUCCCGACCCGCCGCCAUCAGCCGAAAUGAUCUUCAACCACGUCCAA